GAUAAAGUACCCGGAUGUAACAACACGCACUCCGGGUUUGUUGUGUGGGCCGCGGAGCCGAGACAAUGUCACCGGCCCUUUGUUUGGAUCAGAAACACGGAUAACGGACCAUUGUUUUUCUUCCUUUUUAAUUUUUGCAAGCCAUAACGGAUUUAAUUCUUCCGAUUAAGAUCAUUUUUCACUUUUAUUUUGCUACGUCUCAGUGUUUUAACCCCGCGCUACUUUCCGCUAGCAGCUGAAUCGUUGAGAGAAAGUGGAAAAGAGACGGGACUAGUUAACGCUCGCUAAUUCCUUAACAGCGAUUAAUUACAGGAUUAAACAACUAGUUUAGAACCGUGUUCGGUUUUGAAGACACAUUUUCGGAUUUUACACGGCUGUCUGUUUACAUUUCUUUUGUUUGUUUUGUAUGUAGCUCGGUUGCUAACGUACUUCCCAAGCUAGCCGCGUUAGCUAUCGAUAAGACAAUCAAAACCACUUCCGGUUUUUUUUUUUGUUGUUCAUUUCUUUCUUUAACGUUUAAACUCAAUUCAGCUCUGAUUCAUGAACCGAGCUAAUAUUAUUAUUUCUGCCUGAAAUGUCAUGCUAGCCAUUUUACCUUUACACCCACUGUAAACCAGAAUAGCUAGUGUUUGCCUUAAGUUACACUAUUUAUGUAUGUAUGUAUUUAUUUAUUUAUUAAUAUUAUUUAUUUGUGUGCUGUAAAGCAUACAGCUGUGGUAGUGUACAGCUCUGUCUAACAUCACAUCUCACACACACACACACACACACACACACCAGUUAAACUCAGCUGUCUGCACUGUUUAUUCAGCAUCAUGACUUGCUUUAGUGUUAUUUUACAUUUCUGAACACGUGCCUCACAUCAGAGCGGGUUAGAGUUCAUAUUAAAUACAAAAUAAAAUAAAAGUACACACUACAGGGAGGUAUAAAGUAGAGGUAUAAGAGUGUUAUUAUGGCCUGCGCUUGGGGCAUGAAGAAGAUCUCAUCAUGGACACACUCACUCUUCAUCCUCAGCAUGGUCUUCCUCAGUAAAGCAGUCUGCUCACAGCACGGUGAUAAUGUCUACGUGUCGGGGAUCUCUAACGCCUGUGGCGAUGUGGUGGAGCAGAUCAGGGCGUCCAGCGGUGUGAUCACCAGUCCUGGGUGGCCUUUUGAGUAUCCGUCUCGCAUCAACUGCAGCUGGAACAUCCGAGCAAAUCCUGGAGAAAUCAUCACCAUCAGUUUUCAGGACUUUGAGAUCCAGAGCUCACAGCGCUGCGGUUUGGACUGGAUCUCCAUUGGCACCUACAAGAACCUGGACGGUUACCGAGCGUGUGGUUCGUCCAUCCCCGCUCCGUACAUCUCGUCUCAGGACCACGUGUGGAUUAAAUUUCACUCGGAUGACACGCUCGCUGGCAAGGGCUUCCGGCUGUCUUACAUCACAGGAAAGUCGGAGGAGGUGAGCUGCGAGCCGGAUCAGUUCCACUGCGUGAACGGGAAGUGCAUCCCCCAGUCGUGGAGGUGCAACACAAUGGACGAGUGCGGAGACAACUCGGACGAGGAGCUGUGCGUUCAUCCCAACCCUCCUUCUUCUUCAUCCUCCUCCUCCUCCUUUUUCUCCUUCCAGCCGUGCUCUUUCGAUCAGUUCCCCUGCGUGUCGCGCUACACCCGAGUCCUCACCUGCCUCCCUUCUUCUCUCCGCUGUGACGGCGCCAUCGAUUGCCAGGAUCUGAGUGACGAAAUCGACUGCGACGCCCCGGCGUGCUCCGAGCUCCGCCUUCAAAACUUUUACGGAACUUUUAACUCUCCGAAUUAUCCGGAUUUCUAUCCUCCGGGCAGCGAUUGCUCGUGGCUAAUCGAUACAGGCGAUCGCCGCCGCGUCGUCCUGCGCUUCCUGGAUUUCAAAUUGGAUGGAACCGGUUACUAUGGAGAUUUCGUAAAAGUGUACGACGGCUUGGAGGCGGAGCCUAGACGCCUCCUUCGCGUCCUGACCGCCCUCGACUCGCGCACUUCUGUCAUAACUGUCGUUUCGUCAUCAGGGCAGCUCCGCGUGCACUUCUAUGCCGAUAAGAUCAACACGGCACGAGGAUUUAACGCUACAUAUCAGGUUGAAGGGUUUUGUUUGCCCUGGGAGAUGCCAUGUGGAGGCAACUGGGGGUGUUACACCGAACAGCAGCGCUGCGACGGAUACUGGCACUGCGCUAACGGCAAGGACGAGCUGAACUGCAGCGGAUGCGGCGAAGACGAGUUCCCGUGUUCGAGAAAUGGUGCGUGCUACCCGCGAUCUGACCGCUGCAACUACCAGAACCGCUGCCCCAACGGCUCCGACGAGAAGAACUGCGCGUUCUGCCAGCCCGGGAACUUCCACUGCAGGAACGGGCGCUGUGUGUUCGAGAGCUGGGUGUGUGACGCGCAGGACGACUGCGGCGACUCCAGCGACGAGGACGCGUGCCCCGUCGCCGUGCCAACGCGGGUCAUCGCCGCCGCGGUUAUCGGCAGCCUGGUGUGCGGCCUGCUGCUCGUCAUCGCACUCGGCUGCACCUGCAAACUCUACUCUCUCAGGAGCUUCGAGCGCAGGUCGUUUGAGACGCAGUUGUCCAGAGUUGAGGCGGAGUUACUGAGGAGAGAAGCUCCGCCCUCAUACGGACAGCUUAUUGCUCAAGGUUUAAUCCCCCCUGUGGAGGAUUUCCCUGUCUGUUCUGGCAACCAGGCUUCCGUGUUGGAGAAUCUCCGGCUGGCCGUCCGCUCUCAGCUCGGCUUCACCUCCAUCCGCCUCCCGUCCUCCGGUCGGCACGGCAACGUCUGGCGCCGGCUCUUCAACUUCACGCGAUCUCGCCACUCCGCCUCCUUGGCGCUGGUGUCCUCUGGCGCAGGGGUGGAGUCAGAAUCAGGAAUCGGUGCCAACGGCGUCGGAAGCUCCGGCCCCAUUUCGGAGCGACCGGACUCUGAUGAUUUGGAGAGUGAGCAGCAGGGGGCGGUGGGCGGCGCAUCGGCUUCUCUUCUGCCUCACAAGACCCCUCCCGCCACCACCGUCGUGUCUGUUUCCGGGAGCACCGCCCCGCACGCUGUAGCCGAGAGCGACGAGAUAGUGGCCCCGCCUCCCAACGGGCGUGGCUCGUUUGUGGCACGCGGCCUGCGCUGGGUCCGGAUGUCCCUCGGUUCUCGGUUCGUGCAGCAGAACCGGAGCCCUCUGAGGCAGACGCAGAACGGAACAGCGAACGAAGAAGACGACGAUGAAGACGUCGAGCUCCUCGUUCCUUUAACCGAAAACUCGGACGCGCCCUCCGCCGCUCCCUCGCUCCGAGGCAGGCCAGAGAUUCGGGACGGGCCCUGCGAACACUGCGGGAUGGUUCACACGGCUCAGGUUCCCGACGCGUGCUUAGAGGCCACGGCUAGAACAGAAACCAGCGACGACGAUUCUCUUUUGCUUUGUUAAUCCUCAGUACCACCCGCUUUGCCUUCGCUUCUUCGCUCUCCCUAGCAAGGGAAAGUCUGAAUGUUUUUUGGACACCUGCCCUUACCCGUGACCUUUCCAAGAGCUUCAGAGCAGUUCUGGUGACGCAGUCUCUCCCCUCCACUGUGCCGUUUCCUGUCUCUGGUUUAGCUUCAGCAGUUCAAGUGGUCGUGCGGUGGUUAAAGAUAACUGGAUGAUUUUUCGAUUUCAAAUCCCAAGACUGACAGAGGGCCUCCGUUGAGCCCAUGAGCGAGACCCUUAACCCCUUAACUGUUCAGCUGUAAGCUUGGAUUGAAUCACUUGUAUGACGCUUUGCGUCUGCCAAAUAAGUUAUUAUUAUUAUUAUUAUUAUUAAUAAUAUUCUAAUUUUUUAACCCUUUCCUGGGAAGAAAAGGGUUUGGGAUACAUACUCCGCAUAAUGGGAGAGAAAAGCGUGAGAGGUUCUUAAACGCCGUACGCGCGAGGUAUUAAACGUGCACUGGUAAUAGGGGAAACUAGAUGGUUCACACGUUUCAAGAGAUUUUAUCGAGUAUUGAAUCCUCUGAUGUCAGUGGAAAGGCUGCUUAAUUAUCCAGACGGUACGUCACACGUGAGCUGCAGGGGCUCUGAAUUCAGAUUUAAAGGCGUAGUACGAUUUUGCAGUUAGAGCAGAUUAUUUAUAACGCGGUGUGAAUUAAGGAGUGACUAUUUUUAAGGAUGUUACGUUCUAUAACAGCCACCAAUGUUGUGUUGUAUUUAUUGUUUCUUUUACUGCUUAAUGUUUUGGUACUGAAAACUUGUGCGAGUGUGUGUGUGAGAGAGAGAGAGAGUGUGUAUUUAUUACUGGUUUUAAUUUCAGUAGUGGUUACUUGAGAAGCAUGUUACAUUGUCUUUGGCUUUGUCAUUGGCAUUUUUUUUUUUUUUUUUUGUGAUUGUGUACGAAAGUAAAUGUAUAUAAAUAUGCGUAACUGGUUACUGCACUAAAGAAUAAAGUAUUCCAUCCCAUGUCA